GACAUGGCUGCUGAUGACAAGUCCUCCUCUUCGUCCUCAGCAGACUGGAGCACUGAUCCACCUGUGGUUUCUCCCACCAGUCCCUCCCACCUGACCCACUUCAAACCUCUGACCCCAGAACAGGACGAGCUGCCGCUCCGCUCGGCGUACAGCUCCUUUGUCAACCUGUUUCGUUUCAACAACAAAGAAGAAGUACGUCCUCCCUCAGCAGUGUCAGAGAAACCAGAGCUGCCAGGCCCCUCCCCUCAAAUGAACAGGAUGAGCUGGUCCUCCAGUCCCUCUCACUCCGUCCACACACCUGGAUCACAGCAUCCCGACCAACUCCGACGCUCAUCUCCAGCCUCAGAGGGCCGCAGGAAAUCAGAAACACCUCUCAGCAACCAUGACCCCCGUACGGCGGUGCAGCUGCGCACGGCGCUGAAGAGACUGAAGGAAAUCAUGGAGGGGAGGAGCCAGGACAGUGACCUGAAGCAGUAUUGGAUGCCAGAUAGUCAGUGUAAGGAGUGUUACGACUGCAAUGGGAAGUUCACCACCUUCCGCCGCCGCCACCACUGCCGACUGUGCGGCCAAAUAUUCUGCAGCCGCUGCUGCAACCAGGAAAUCCCCGGCAAGUUUAUGGGCUACACCGGUGACCUGCGGGCCUGUACGUACUGUCGUAAGAUAGCGCUAACCUACGCGCACUCAUCUGACUCAUCUUCCAUUGGAGAGGACCUGAACGUUUUGUCCGACUCUUCGUGCUCUGUGUGCGUGUUGGAGCCAAGUGAGCCACGGACCCCUGUAGGUGGGCGUAAGGCUAGCAGGAACAUCUUUCUGGAGGAAGACCUGACCUGGCAAAGAAAAACUCCUAUUGGGAUGAGAAAGAAUAUGAUUCUUCAGGACUCUCAGAACAGCGGCCUCAGCUCCAGGCUGACCACAUUACAGGAGGAUGUCAGCAAAUCCCCCGUGAGGAAGAGGUCUGCCAGUGUGACAAACCUGUCCCUGGACCGCUCCGGAUUCUCCAUGGUCACAUCCUACGACACUUCAAUGAGCCCGCCUCCCAGUCGACCUGUGUCAGGCACCAAGAUUGGUACCAAGCAGGACCUCGCAGAGGACGAGAGGAAGAUCCUCUUGGACUCCACCCAGCUGAAGGACCUAUGGAAGAAGAUCUGCCACAACAACACAGGGAUGGAGUUUCAGGACCACAGGUACUGGCUGAGGACCUACCCCAACUGCAUUGUGGGAAAGGAGCUGGUCAACUGGCUGCUGAGGAACGGCACCAUUUCCACCAGGGCCCAGGCUAUCGCCAUAGGACAGGCACUAGUGGACGGUCGCUGGCUGGACUGUGUCACCCACCAUGACCAGCUGUUCAGGGAUGAGUAUGCUCUGUAUCGCCCUCUGCAGAGUACAGAGCUGUCAGAAACGCCAUCUCCAGACAGCGACAGUGUGAACUCUGUGGAGGGACAUUCAGAGCCAUCCUGGUUCAAGGACAUCAAGUUUGAUGACAGCGACACGGAGCAGCUCGCCGAUGAGUCGGACUACGCCACCUCCAACUCAGAAGACCACAGCAAGAGGACAUCUGUGAGCAGCUUCCACUCAGUGGUGGACAGCGACUCUGCUGCUUCCAUCAACCUCAACAUGGAGCAGAACAACGUCAACUUCCACAUCAAGAAACCCUCCAAGUACCCGCACGUGCCUGCUGCGAAUGAACGCAAAGCUGAGUUCCUGCUUUCUCAAGAUGGGGGGCAGAGCAUUGUCAUCAGUGAUGCCUUCAUCAAAGAGUCUCUGUUCAACCGGCGUGUGGAGGAGAAGGCCAAAGACGUGCUCUUCACACCUCUGGGCUGGCACCACAGCUCUCUGGACCAGCUCCGAGAGGAGAAUGGCGAGAAGGCCGCCAUGGAGCGCCUGCUCUCAGCCAAUCACAGCCACAUGAUGGGGCUCCUGCAGCAGCUUCUGUACAGUGAGUCUCUGUCCCUGUCCUGGCGCGACGUCAUCGUCCCUGUUGUUCGACAUGUGGUCCAGACUGUACGGCCUGAUGUCCGAAACUGUGAUGAUGACAUGGACAUCCGGCAGUUAGUCCACAUCAAGAAGAUUCCAGGAGGAAAGAAGUUUGACACCACUGUGGUAAAUGGUUUUACAUGCACCAAGAACAUUGCACACAAGAAGAUGAACACUUACAUCAAGAAUCCCAAGAUCUUGUUGCUGAAGUGUUCCAUAGAGUAUCUGUACCGAGAGGAGACCAAGUUUACCUCCAUCGACCCCAUCGUUGUACAGGAGCGAGAGUUUUUGAAGAACUACGUGCAGAGAAUAAUGGACGUGCGUCCUAACCUGGUGCUGGUGGAGAAGACUGUAUCUCGUAUUGCUCAGGACAUGUUGCUGGAGCACGGCAUCACGCUGGUCAUCAACGUCAAACCUCAAGUGUUGGACAGGGUGAGUCGUAUGACCCAGGGAGACCCGGUCAUGUCUAUGGACCAGCUACUCACCAAACCUCGUCUGGGGACUUGCCACAAGUUUUACCUGCAGACCUUCAACUUGCCCAGUGAUGAGGUGAAGACUCUGAUGUUCUUUGAGGGCUGUCCCCCUCAGCUGGGCUGUUCCAUCAAGUUGAGAGGAGCCUCGGACUAUGAGCUGGCCCGGGUGAAGGACAUCAUCAUGCAAAUGGUGUGUGUGGCCUACCACUCCCAGCUGGAGAUCUCCUUCCUAAUGGAUGAGUUUGCAAUGCCACCCAGCCUGGCCCAAAGCACGUCUUUCCCCUGCCUGCUAGAGGGCGCUACUGCACAGGAAAAUGAAGAUGGAGACAGGGGAGCUGACCAAAGUGUUGCAGAGAGUCCAGAAAAAGGUGCGGGAAUUGGGAUGGGAGAUGAUGCACCAGGACCAGUGGCAGUGGUGGAGCACCAGGACGAGGACAGUCUGGCCUCAGAGUUCUUAUGGAAAGAUGGUGAAACUGACCACUUCCAAGUCAACCCAAAGUCUCCUUCAGGAACCAGGCUUCCAGAGACGGUGAUGUCCACACCAUUUUCUGUGGCACCCACUGCAUCUGUGUCUGUUUCACCGUUAUUCCUCGAGGAAGAAACCCAGGAGAAGACGACAGACACUUUAAGUACAGAGUCAGGGGAACGUCUCAGGACAAGAGAGUUAGCAGGUGUGAAUGGAGGUGAAGCUUCAGAUGGACCCACCAACAGAUUAUUCCGGGAUCCUCUGCAAGAUGACACAGGGCUGUUUGUAGCCGAGCAGGUGGCUUCUUCUGAUGACAGUCUCAAGUCCAUUUCUGCUGUCUUCAAGCAGGAGCUGAAGGACAUCAUCCUCUGCAUUUCUCCCUUCAUCACCUUCAGGGAACCAUUCCUGCUCACCGCUGCCGGCAUGCACUGCCCCAGCAGGGACUACUUCCUGGAACAGGUCUACCUGUCACCCCUCCUCAACAAAGACUUAAAAGAGCUGGAUGGGCGCAGAAAGCGGCAGCUUCUUAAAGACUCGGGCUGUUUUUCCAUGGUCACUGGCCAGCCCAAUGGCAGUGCACCACCGCGGCCAGUUGAUGUGCUACCGUGCCACAGCCUUACCAGCACUCGCAUUGUCGAGCACCUGAGCAGCAGCCCGGAUCUGGCUAAGAUGCUAGCGGACUACCGAGCCAAGGGAGGUCGCAUCCAGCAGAGGGAGCCUGUUGACCCAUUCAUCAAUCCUGGUACCGGAGCUUUCAGUACCGGGACUUCAGUCACCAACCACAGCAGAAUGGGGGACGCAGCGCUCAGGCAGCCGGGUAAAGCUGACAGCGAGGACGAGAAGGCAGUCAGACAGAACGACAUGAGCCUGGCCUCCAAGCUGGACUGUCUGAACCCGGCCAACCAUCAGAGGCUGUGUGUGCUCUUCAGCAGUUCAUCAGUUCAGUCCAACAAUGCCCCAAACCCCUGUGUCAGUCCAUGGAUUGUCACAAUGGAGUUCUACGGCAAGAAUGACCUGUCCCUUGGCGUGUUCCUGGAGAGAUACUGUUUUAGGUCGUCUUACCAGUGCCCCAGCAUGUUCUGUGAGACUCCAAUGGUGCACCACGUCCGCCGGUUUGUCCACAGCACUGGCUGUGUGCAAAUUGUGUUGAAGGAACUGGACUCUCCUGUACCCGGUUACCAGCAUACGAUUCUGAAUUACUCCUGGUGCCGUGUCUGCAAACAGGUGACUCCGGUGGUGCCCCUGUCCAACGAUUCAUGGUCCAUGUCUUUUGCCAAAUACCUGGAGCUGCGUUUCUAUGGUCACCAGUACACCAGGAGGGCUAACGCAGAGCCCUGCGGCCACUCCAUCCACAAAGACUACCACCAGUACUUCUCUUACAACCAGAUGGUGGCGUCAUUCAGCUACACUUCUGUGCGACUGCUGGAGAUUUGUCUUCCUCGUUCCAAGAUCUUCAUCAGGAGCCUGGGACCUUCUAAAGUCAACUUGCAACAGGACCUUAAGGACUUUUCUCAAAGUGUGACUCAGGUCUACCUGGCCAUAGAUGAUCGCCUCACCUCCCUCAAAACAGACACCUUCAGCAAGACCCGUGAGGAAAAAAUGGAGGAUCUGUUUGCUCAGAAAGAUAUGGAAGAGGCAGAACUGCGGAGCUGGAUUGAAAAGCUGCAGGCACGUCUGCAGGUCUCCGGCCUGGACUCUCCUCAGCAGCUUCAGGCUGUUCUGGACUCCCUGGUGAUGAAGAAGCAGAGUCUGUGUGAAAUGCUGCUGUCGUGGAACACCAGGCUGCAGGACUUGUUCCAGCAGGAGAAAGGCAAGAAGCGUCUGUCUGUCCCUCCCAGUCCAGGCAGACACCGACAGGCUACCGCCGAAGACAGCAAGAGUGUGGUGGAGUCUUCCCCUCGUAACCCGUCUCCUGUGAUUGUGAAUGGUGACAAAGAGGACCGUCACCUCAGCAUGCUGCCCUCAGGAUCCUACUACUUUCUGCCAUCACCAGGGGAACCCGGAGCUGAACCAGUCAUGCCGGGCCCUUCCUUUGCUGACCAGGACUCUGUCAGCAUUCCUGAGGAUGUGUUUGAAGGACACCUGCUGGGUUCCACUGACAGCCAGGUGAAGGAGAAAUCCACCAUGAAGUCCAUCUUGGCCAACUUCCUCCCAGGCAACAGCUUCAACCCCAUCCCCCUCCCAUUUGACCCGGACAAACACUAUCUGAUGUACGAACACGAGCGUGUCCCAAUCGCCGUGUGUGAGAGAGAGCCCAGCUCCAUCAUCGCCUUCUCCCUCAGCUGCAAGGAGUACAAAACAGCACUGGAGGAACUGUCCCAGGCCUCAAAGACAAGCGGAGAUGAAAGCCAACAGGUGGUCAGUGAGAACCGGGUAAAGAGCAGCCCGGUCCGACCUGGUGAGUCGUCCCAGCAGAGCCGCAGCAGCAUGGACGGUGACCCUCUCAAGGAUUCAGACGCAGCAGACAAACAGAAGAAACAGAGCCUGAAUCCACACAUCGAGCUUCGUGAGUGUUUCCACGCCCACAGCACAUCAUUCCAGCCUGGAUUUGUUUCUGUGCACCCCACACAACCACACAGUGGACAGA